GUGCGUCCCAGGGCAGCUGUGGUGAAAAUGUAGCUCAUCACCAGUGUGUGAAUUUGUGAGCAUGGAUGGCUAAUUGUGUUGUGAAGUGCCUUGGGGGGUUCCAGAAACCUAGAAGAUGCUGUAGAAAUUCUUGACAUUUACCAUUUUACUGAUCUGAACUUUGUGCUCCAGCAGAGCUAACGGGAGCAGAUAACAUGCUAUCCACUAGAGAUCACGUUUUGCUCCAUACAUACAUCCACUUGCCACAGAACAACAGGGCCUCCCUCAUUAACAUAUUGUUGCCAUGGUGGUUCAAACUCAGAACAGAGCGUCUCUCUCUCUCCUGAACUAAGUCAUGCAUAACAGGGAGGUGUUGAGAGGCAGCAGGUGCUCCAGGUCACUGAUGCAGUGAAUGAAAAUUCUGCGUGAAGCGCAGAAAACAGCAGUGUCUUCUUUAGGCUGCAGUGCUUUGUGAAGAUGAGCGACGUUCCCACAAAGAGGCUUCUGGAUGACAACGACGCCUCUAGAGAUGAUAGGACUUUGGACUUUGUGAAGGCAAAGGAGGUCCAGGACCAUCAGAAUCCCAGGCAGCAGCUCUCUUCUCUGCUUUCCCCGCCUCGUCCAUCGCCCCGCUGCAAAGUCAGUCCUCCAUCAGAUCAGGUCUUCCUCCAGGCAGCAGCCAUCUUCCAUCAGCUGCAUAAAGAGAAGCCGGUCGCACAUCAACUCCUACAUUAUGAGAAAAAGACAAACACAGUCCUGCUUGAGAGUGGAAAGGACACCACACAGAAACAAGCCUACCAGCUCGCCUUCAACACGCUCAAAUAUCAAGAUUUACUUGAGGAUGUAAUCACUGACAGCUGCUUCGCCACAGCUCAGCACAUCCACGGUGACCUGUUACCGUUGGCGAUGGUGAUGCUGUUCGACUUCCAGGACAGGAAGUUUGUGCUGCAUAAGCGGCCAACAGAAGAUGAUCAGGAGGCCAUUCAGGCAGUCAGGGACCUGGAGAGAAGUCUGCAGAAGUGUAAAACCAAGCUGGCAGCCGCCCUGGGGCGUUACAGAGUCAAAAAUAGUCUGCAGAGUGUUUCCUGUUUCCUGUCUGACUCUGUCAGAACAAAAGGCCAUCAGGAAAAAUGUCUUCCAAUUUACGCAUGGAUCAACACGCUAAAGACAAGCCUCGAUGAGGUUUGUGACGCGUUAAAAGAAGCCAGAUUGAGUGAAGUGAAGACCAUGACUGAGCUCACAGACUCAGCGUUCUGCAGGGACCCUCUCUGUGCAGAUGCACUGGUCCUAUCUCGGCAUCUACACACUUUCCUCCAGCAGAACACCCUCACCAACACACAUCUGCUAAAUAUACAGGAUAGGAGUGUGUGUGUACCGGUGAGUGUGCUGCAGCCCCUGCAGUUUGAUAAAGGAGACGUUUUGUUAGCGGGCUCCUUCUCAGCUUUGACCAUGGCUCACGCUGCCGUCGUAGCCGCCGCUCGCUCAGGCCGAGUCCUGGUGUGUGGCGCGGAUCACACGCCUUCACAAGUGGAGGAGAUUCAGCAGCUGCUCACACAAAUGGGUAUUAAAAAUGUUCGAGUCUUGUCUGAAGCUUUCUAUAAUCUGAAUGAGGGGGAUGCCAUCGUUCAGAGGUUAAGGGUCAUCAUGGUGCUUCCCCAGUGUUCAUCCUCUGCCCUCAAUGAUCCAGUCAACGCCAUGCACAGCGAGCACGGAGACUGGAAUCUGCUGCCAGACCUAUCCCGUGGUUCCAUCUCCAAGAGUAACAUUUACUCUUUGACCAACCAUCAAGCCCGACUGUUGGGACACGCGCUCUCCUUUCCAAAGGUCCAUACAGUGGUCUACUGCACACGUUCAGUUUAUCCAGAGGAGAAUGAACAGCUGGUGAGGAGAGUGCUGGAGAAAAUACACACCCACCCCAAACUACUGCCUUUCAGAGUGACCGGUCCACUAUUCCCAGACGAUGACCCCCAGCCUGGAGACGCAACAAACUCCAAGUUCUUCAGACUCCCACCGUCUCAGUUCACCAACGGCUGCUUCGUGGCCACACUGUCACGACAGACAGAUCCCACUAAGUUAGAAAGCGUCCAGGAUGUGCUCGCAAGGGCAGUAGCAAAGGGUCUCCUGGGUGACAUCGUUCCUGAACCAUUAAAAACUGGUAAAAAGAGAAAAACCAAGAAGAAACAAACUGUUUCAGCUACCAGCAAACCUUCAUCCCCCUCCAGCCAAGAAGAGGCAGAAAGGGAGCCGGUAGAUGGGAGAGAUUCAGAGGAACCUUCAGAACGUGAAGAGAAGGACGAAGGAAACCUGGAGGUUAAUGAGGCAAACGUGGGUGAAGACCAAAAGAUCAAGGGAGAAAAGAAGAAGAAAAAGAAGCAGAAGAUGGUAAAGAAACAUCUAAAGCAAACUAAAAAUUCUCCUACAGACGCAAAGCAAAGCCACAAGAAGAAAACAAAGAAAAAGGAGGAUCAGCCACAGUCCAAGAAGAAACAGACGCGCAUGAAACCCAGGAGAAUACCACGUCUCACGCUGGCUUUAAUCUCCUCUGCAAACCCUUCCAACCACUUGUCUCCAAUCACAGCUUUAGCACACAAAAUCAGUGGCAAUCCAGGGAUGAAACCCUCAUGUCCUUCUACACCUCUUCCUACUGCCUCCAAGAGACAAAACACUCCACCUGAAGAAGCAGAGAGAACCCUGAAGGAUGACUGAUUCAGUAGUCUGAGCUAGGAUUGCAGCAGCAACUCGGGAUUUGAUGGACGCUGCUGAUCUAGUCUCCUCACCAUCCUCUAAGAGCAGCAGCUUUGUCUAACAGCUGUUGUCUCAGACCUAAAGCUCUCAGCUGGUCAGUGAGUCAGCAUCUACAUCAUCAGUUUUCCUGCCUGAACCUGGAGAUUAAAUGUACUCAUCAAAUAUUCUCAAAUCAAUACUUUCCCCAGAUUGUGAAUUUCAGUGAAGAGGAAUAUUUUAAUGUACAACAAUUGGGGUAACAAUUUGGAUGUGUAUAGUACAUAUACUAUAUAUAUCGUAUCGUCUCCCAUGUAUUGAGAUAUAAUGCAUGUGAUUGGUUAAUUUGCUCUUUGUAUUAAUGAGUUCAACAGCUGUACAUAAUAAAAUGGACAGUAAGUGUAUAUUAAUGAGGGAAAAAAAUGUUUUCAGAAAUUCAGAAUCUAAUUAUUUAUCUGGAAAGUUUGCUGGUGUAUUGAAAAAGGUUCCCCCAUGAUGAAAAGGCAAACUCACUUUGGGAAACGCUUUAUAAAAUCAAGAGUGAAACAUUUUUUAUGAUACUUUAGUAGUCUUAGACAACUUAUUCAAAUCAUUUUGAAAACUUGUAAAAAUUACAUAAUUUUUCUGUUGACUCAUUCUUUAGCACACCUGCUUGCCUUAAUCUACACUGUAAAAAAAGUCCAGUGAACUUAAAAAAAGUAAAGCAACCAGUUGCAAUACAAUUUUAAGUUCAGUCAACUUUUUAGGUGCUUGUUUGUGCUGUUUUUUUUUCUGUAUUAACUUAACAUUUUGCAAGUUAAAACGUUCAACUGACUUAAAACUUUAAACUCUCCAAACAAAUUGCAAGUUGGAUUUUUAACAGUGU